GGUGGCUUGUGCGGGAGCUGUGCCGAAGCGCCCGCGGGGGGCCGGUCCGCGCCGCCCGGCCUCCCCGCCCGCGGCCCGCGUGCCUUUACCGCGGCGGGUGCCCGGCCGGUAGUGGGCGGGGCUCGGCUGGAACGGGCCGGGGGCUGCCGCUUCCCGCGUGGCGCGUGCGGCGUGGCGCGUCCGCUCUGCCGCCGGCCCUGGGCCAUUUUCCUUGCGAGUGGCCUUCCCUUCCCGGGGCAGGCAGCUCUCCGUCCACCCCGACCUGGGGAGACCGUGGCUGGCGGCCAGCUUUGUGCGCUGGCGUCCUGCUGUUGCCCGCGUCGUGGUGUUUGCGAUGAAGGGCGCCCUGGCGGAGAUUAUCCAGCUGGCUACCCUGGACUCGGACCCCUGGGUUCUCAUGGUAGCUGACAUCCUGAAGUCCUUUCCCGACACCGGCUCGCUUAACCUUGACCUUGAGGAACAGAAUCCCAACGUUCAAGAUAUUCUAGGAGAACUUAGAGAAAAGGUGAAUGAGUGUGAAGCGUCGGCCAUGCUGCCACUGGAGUGCCAGUACCUGAAUAAAAACGCCCUGACGACCCUCGCCGGACCCCUCACUCCCCCAGUGAAACAUUUUCAAUUAAAGAGGAAGCCGAAGAGUGCCACGCUGAGGGCAGAGCUCCUGCAGAAAUCCACUGAGACGGCCCAGCAGCUGAAGCGGAGCGCGGGCGUGCCCUUCCACGCCAAGGGCCGGGGACUGCUCCGGAAGAUGGACACCACAACCCCACUCAAAGGCAUCCCGAAGCAGGCGCCCUUCAGAAGCCCCACCACCCCCAGUGUCUUCAGCCCCGCCGGGAACCGGACCCCCAUCCCGCCUUCGAGGACCCCCCUGCGGAAGGAGAGGGGAGUGAAGCUGCUCGACAUUUCUGAGCUGGACAUGGUGGGAGCCGGCCGAGAGGCAAAGAGGAGGAGGAAGACGCUGGAUGCGGAAGUGGUGGAAAAGCCAGCCAAGGAGGAGACCGUCGUGGAGAACGCCACCCCAGAUUACGCGGCCGGCCUGGUGUCCACACAGAAACUCGGAUCCUUGAACAACGAGCCUGCGCUGCCCUCCACGAGCUACCUGCCUGCCACCCCCAGCGUGGUCCCGGCCUCGUCCUACAUCCCCAGCUCCGAGACCCCACCAGCACCGUCUUCUCGGGAGGCUGGCCUGCAGGCCAGCCGGCCGCCUGAGGAGCCCAGUGCCCCAAGCCCUGCGCUGCCAGCACAGUUCAAGCAGAGGGCACCCAUGUACAACAGCGGCCCUAGCCCUGCCGCAUCCACACCCUCAACGCCCACCUCUCCCCUGACGCCCACCACACCCCCGGCCGUCACCCCGGCCGCCCAGACGCCUCCGGUGGCCAUGGUGGCCCCACAGACCCAGCCCCCUGCCCAGCAGCAGCCCAAGAAGAACCUGUCCCUCACGAGAGAGCAGAUGUUUGCCGCGCAGGAGAUGUUCAAGACGGCCAACAAAGUCACACGGCCGGAGAAGGCCCUCAUCCUGGGCUUCAUGGCCGGCUCCCGAGCAGCCCCUGCCCUCCGCAGAGAACCCGUGCCAGGAGCAGGGCGACGUGAUCCAGAUCAAGCUCAGCGAGCACACGGAGGACCUGCCCAAGUCGGACGGCCAGGGCAGCACCACCAUGCUGGUGGACACCGUGUUCGAGAUGAACUAUGCCACAGGCCAGUGGACGCGCUUCAAGAAGUACAAGCCCAUGGCCAACGUGUCCUAGGGGCCGCCCGCCGCCCAUGCUGGCCUUCGCCGUGGGGCUUGGCGGGACGGCCGCUCCCCGGGCUCCACCGGGCCCCAGCCCGCUAAAGCUUUAGGUUCAUUUCUCGGGGGUGUUCUGGACUUGUUUUUUAAAUUUUAAUAUGGGUUACCUUUUGUGUGAUUUCAGAUACUUUUUUGGAUUCAAUAUUACAUUUUUGAAUGUUCAAGUUAACCAGAAAAGUUAUAACUUCCUAAUUUUAGCGACAGCUCUGCUUAUUAGACUUUUAUCUUUUUUAUUUUUUCUUAAAUUCCACUGACCACGAAGGAGGGCUUUUCCUUGCUAGUGCGACGCUCUCCCCGCCCCACGAGGUUGAGGGGACCAAAGGGAUGCCUGGCGCGGUGGACAGGGUGAGGUAGGGCUGCCGAGUACCCCAGGGCGGGAGAUGCGGGCCCGCGCUCACCGCCCGCAGCUUUUGUAUUUGUCUUUUGUACGGUUGUGAGCGUUGAGACCGGUCUUCUGGUACCUGUUUUCAUUGUAAAACUAUCUGAGUAAUUAAAGUCUAGCUUUUCUAAAGAAAGCCCCGCCGCGGUGUUUCGGGCCGGCCCGUCCUCUCCUCUCUGCUCCAGGGCCGCAGCCCCCAUUGGGGUGGGUGGCGGCGGGCUGGCAGGAUGGCCACUCCCCGACUAAGGGGAGCCAGGGUCCAAGGCUGUCCUCAGGGAAGACGGAGGACCCGGGGCGGGGCUGAGCGUCCGCUCAGAAGAGUCGGCAGCUCCUGACCAUUUCACCCUCGAUGGGGAUUUGCUCAUCAGAGUGUUUAAAAAGGGGGGGGGGGGGGGGGCAUUUUUCCGAAAGGAGAGCUACACUUACUGUUUGUGGUGUUUGCUAUCCCUCCGAGGCCACGGUCAGCUUCUACCAGGGCAAGUGAGCGGUGGAGCGACAGCCUGAGGACAGAGCCCUUCCCGAGGGAGGGCAGGCGGGGCUGUGCCAGCAGCCUCGGAAUGACCACGCAAAGUAAGCGGAAAAGUGGGAAAAAGCCCAGAACUUCAAAACGCAAUCCCAUAUAAAAUAAGUUUAAGAAAAAAAGCCUUUAAAAAGUUUUUAAUACAAAAAUACUCACAUACGGUUUUCCAAACACGGCUUCCCACUUUAAAUGCUAUUCUCCGACUGGCGGUUCCCGAGCCUACAGUUCGUCUAGCCCCCCCCCCCCCCCCCCCCCCCCCCCCCCCCCGCAGGAAUUUCAAGUUUUUAAGUCUAGCGAAACCGGUGAGAGCACCGAGUGUUCCUAUGAGGAGCCUGACCUCAUUCUGUAUGAAGCGUAGACACCAACAGGCACAUUUAAAUUCAUAUUUAAUUUCUGACAGGGCAUUUCACAUCUCAACAGGGUACGUACGCUGGACAGCACGACGCCCGCGACAGCAUUUCCCUCUAGUGACUAACAUCCAACACUAUGCUGCUCAGAGGAUAUCGAGAAUUUGGCAACAGUCCUUUGCGUUAACUUUCCUCAAAACAGGCUUAUCUUUAAUUCCUGGAAACCAGGUAGUUCUGGAAGAUGGGCACGAUACACACUGUGGUUUUUACGUCAAGAUAAGAAUUUCAAAGGCGUCAGACGCGCAGACCUGAGUUCGUGUGAGGCCCAGGAAGCAAGGGAGGCGGGCUGUCCACGCGGUUCCUUAGCGACCGGGGCAAACGGGGUCGCUGGGCCACUCCAGUCCCCACAGUGGUCCUAUUUCCUGACUGCCAGAGUGGACGUGUCCUUGUGCCCCGUGCGGUGUGCGAGGCGCCCGGGUCCCCGGAGGCCAGUGUUGGCACGGGAGGGCGAGACCUCGCAGGCCACGGGCACAGCACCGGUCGUUCUGACGCUGAGGGAUCCGGAGGUGUCGGGGCGGCUUUCGUUUUGUUUCUGCUUCACAUUGGUGACAAAGGGGUGAAGCUGACGUUCCUAAAGACCGAAUCACCCCCCCCCCCCCCCCCCCCCCCCCCCCCCCCCCAAAACGAGCUCUCCCUCAGAUUCAGAGCAAAGCCCUGGCAGGAAGGCCCUUCGAGCUCAGCCGCCGCGCCUCAGCCUUGUUGUACUCGGAUUCGCAAACCAGUUUUCUAGAGAUUUUCAAAGUUAGUGUUAUUUGCUCAUUAGUUUUAAGUUUUUGGAAAGAGGGUAACCAUGUUUAAAAUAAUUUUUCCAGCAUUUCCUUCAGAUCGUAGAAUUUGAAAAUAUCAAAGUGACUCAAAACUCACAAGAUUUUACUACCGUCAAGUACAAAAAUAAGUUAAUCUGCUCCCCAAAGUGCGCUGCAAAGCCAGUCUGAUGGUCUGACUUCUGGUGGGAGAGGAGAAGCGAGGGGCGAGGCUUCACCCAAGGCCCUGGGCCAUGAAGAGCGGAGCCCGCAGGCCUCGGGGAUCCCUCAGGCCCUGAGCCGGAGCGCCAGGGCAUGGGAACGCUGCUGGGCUCGUCGUGGGAACAACCUUCCAGGUUGUUUGGGGAAGAAGGAGCAUAAAUCUAUGAACCAAUCCAGUAUUUUCUUGGGACGAUUUGAGAGAAACGAGUUCUACGCGGAAGCACCCCACAGUUCCCCGGGUCCUACUGAGCAAGUGCAUUUCCAGAGGUCACCUACGCCACACGCAGGAGGGGUCCACUGAUGACCAAGCUCUCGUGUCUCCUUCGUGGCCGCGGAUGGCUCCUUCCUCCAGGAUCACGAUAGGAGAAGGGCAGAGGGACGCCCGGGUGAGACCCUGUUCGUAGCGAGUGAGGCCCCGUCGGUGCCACGGAGCCUCAUACCCGAAGCAGACUCUUCCCCGUGGUCCGAGCCCAGCAGAGACCGCUGCCCCCAAGAGCUCACGUCACCAAGCCACGGAGAAGCAGUUAAACGGGGGGGUCCGGGUCCAAGCAUGUCCUGCAGUUGCAUGAGGCAGAGGCAAUGAUGGAAGAGAAACAGGAGAGACCUCGGGAGUUUUCAACAAGGGACGUGUGUACAUCUCUGUUCUCCUUCGGUGGUUUUAAGAAGAACGAACCAGAAACAA